AAGGAAACUUAGCUGAAAGUAGUCGUCUUUCUGAAUGCUGGCAGUGGUGUGGUUGGCAACCAAAUUUAGUAGCGCAAAUCAACAAAUUAUACAACCUUCAAGGCAAUGUAACGACAAUGGAAAACGGGUGGUCCGCGCGCUUUGUCCUUACGGAAACGCAGAGUUUGUAAACGAAAUAUCAACCACACGCGGAGCUAUUAUUAGGUGACGAGGCUAAAUUUAGUGAUUCCAAUACACGAUGGCUUAAUUUCGUGCAUUGAGUGGUAGCUUUUCUUGUCUGGAAUAUUUUUUGUAAUUCUAUGAACACAUUAUCUUUUAGGCGCUUUUUGUACUGAAAAGAGGUGUUAUUAAAACUGAAAAUGUGAGCGCGACCUGGCCAGUAAGCCCUCAGGGGUCGGAGUGGCGCCUGUCAAUUAUAGAGUGGGCAACUCAAAAAGGGAGAUCUAGCUCUGUGAGGGAAACGCCCUCUUUGUAGGGGGAAGAGACGGCUUGACAGAGAAGACCAUACACGGUGAUCAGGGUGGAGGUUUGUGGCUGGCAGUUUGUUGGUUGAAUGACCGCUUAUGGGGGGUAUGGAGAUGUUGCGCCGAUCUUCAGUGUUCGCAGCUGAAGUGAUGGAGGUGUUUGACCGCUCCCCCACGGACAAAGAACUGGUUUCGCAGGCCAAGGCCCUGUGCAGGGACUACAUCCAUUCUAGGCUGAACAGGGCUGGUAUUGGCUGGUCCAAACCCGAGCAGGGCCAGACCGCUUCGGGAGGACCGCUAGGAGAGGUCUCCUCCGUUCUCCUCUGGUUAGGUGAUGAGUUGGAGUACCUGCGGCCUAAUGUAUACCGCAACGUGGCACGACAGCUCAACAUAACGGUGGCCUCUGAGAGUGUGGUGUCGGACGCUUUCCUGGCUGUGGCCUCAGAAAUCUUCUCCACCGGUGUCACGUGGGGGAAGGUGGUGUCGCUGUAUGCGGUGGCGGGUGCCCUGGCGGUGGACUGCGUGCGGCAUGGCCACCCCGCCAUGGUCCACACCAUCGUGGACUGCCUGGGCGAAUUUGUGCGCAAGAGCCUGGCCUCUUGGCUGAAGAGGAGAGGUGGCUGGGCGGACAUCACAAAGUGCGUGGUGAACACUGACCCCAGCUUCCGCUCUCAUUGGCUAGUGUCUGCCAUCUGCACCUGUGGCCAUUUCCUGAAGGCAGUGGUCUUCUACCUCCUGCGGGAACGGUGAGGGCGUGGCAGCGGUGAUGAGUGAUGCAAACUGGCCCCGCCCCUCUCCAAAGAACCCUACCCAUCACCACCACUCUGAAUAACAGUCUACGCCUGCAGCAGCUCACACUAACAACGGGGUCCCUGCAGUCUUGCACACGAGCUACUCACCCAGCUUCCUGCCAUUACCUGGAACAUCAACAUAUGCACAAAGCAGAUUGGAGUACAGUGUGUGAGAUGAAUCUUAAGAAGGCCUACUUGAUAUUUCACAUAAUG